AUGUCAUUGAAGCAGGAAAUUGAAACUUGGGUCACGGCCCUCGGCCGCUAUGACAACAAUGAGUUCGAAGAGGCACUUGGCGAGUUUGACAAGAUUGCCGACACGUCCAAGAUUCUCUUCAAUAUGGGUGUGAUUCACGCCACACUCGGCGAGCACGAGAAAGCUGUCGAGUGCUACCAGCGCGCGAUCCGGCUGGACAUGUACCUUGCUGUGGCUUAUUUCCAGCAAGGUGUGUCGAAUUUCCUCCUAGGCGACUUUGAGGAAGCUCUCGCCAACUUCAACGAUACCCUGCUAUACCUCCGCGGCAACACAAUGAUUGACUAUGCUCAACUCGGCCUUCUUUUCAAGCUCUACUCGUGCGAGGUGCUGUUCAACCGUGGUCUUUGCUACAUCUAUCUGCAACAGAGAGAAGCUGGUCUUCAGGAUCUGGGAUACGCCGUCAAGGAGAAGGUAGUCGAGGACCACAACGUCAUCGAUGAGGCGAUUAGGGAAGAGGCAGAAGGCUAUACUGUCUUCUCGAUCCCCGUCGGCGUCGUGUACCGUCCGAACGAGGCCAAAGUUCGCAACCUGAAGACCAAAGAUUAUCUUGGCAAGGCGCGUCUUGUGGCCGCGACCGAUAGAGCCAACGCAUUCACGGGCUUCGCCGGCUCGGAGAUCAAGGCUGCCGUCGGAAAGGGUGCCGACAAGGAUGACCGGCCGACCGACAACAUCUCGUUCGCCGCCACGAAUCUGGUCAAGCCCGGGCUACAAAGCAGGAAAGUAGAGCAGGCUGCCGCAUUCCCUCCUACACCCCCUCCGGAGAACGACAAGGGUCCACAAAUGAGCCGAGCUGCCUCAGUACGGAACGGUGGCCCGAAGCCGAUGCCGACGCGUUUGACGAUUCCAGAGACUUCAAAAAGCAGCCGCUACGAGAGGACGUCGUCUCCACGAAGUGCCCAGGGUGCCUCUCGUUCAGCUGUCGAAGCGAGGUCACCACCGCAACGAGGUUAUUCAACCAGGGGAGACGCCCGGUCCGACACCCGGUCCGUACGAUCGAGACGUGACGAUGACAACUACGCUGACGACGUUUAUGACAUGUACGGCGGUGGCGCCCCAGAAAGACGCGGCAGUCGGCAACAAGGGCGUCGCCAGCAGCCGCGGUAUAUCGAAGAGGAUGAGGAAGGAAGCGAUGAGGGUUCCUUUGAUGAGGGUGAUUUCGAAAUGAUCCCGAACCGUAGGCCGGGUUCCUCGUCCGUUUCUGGUUCAUCCCGGGGCCAGUCUCGGCGCCCAGAGGCACGCAAGGUCCGCAUCAAGGUCCACUCCGAGGACGUGCGAUAUAUUAUGGUUGGCACAGCCAUUGAGUUUCCGGACCUUGUGGACAAGAUUCGGGACAAGUUUGGCCUUCGCCGCCGAUUCAAGCUCAAGGUGCGCGACGAAGAUGCGCCCGACUCUGAUAUGAUCACCAUGGGAGAUCAGGACGACCUUGACAUGGUCAUGAUGGGCGUGAAGAGCGCAGCGCGGAGAGCGCGGCAGGAAAUCGGCAAGAUGGAGAUAUGGGUCCAAGAAAUCAACUAG